UCUCAGGGUUUUGGGACGCGUCAGGGGUUUUAGGCGCAGCUCUUUCUUAGUGGUAGUGGGUACGACUCAGAGGCACCGAUUUUGCUUGCAAAAUUUAGGGUUUUAGCUCCUUGGCGGCUAGGGUUUUGAUAAAGUUUGCUUCUUUAUUCCUUGAUAUAAAAAGGGUUUGGUAAACUCUUGUGUGAUCAUCCCCAAUUCCAAUUUGGGUUUUUGCUUUUACCCACAAUUCUCAUCCGGGUUUUCUUGAUUAGUCUCAUUGCCCCCAAUUCAAUCUUGGUUUGAAGUUUUAUCGUUAAAGCUUGGUUCUUUGAGACUUUUGCAGAAUUGGGUGUUGUUGAUUAGACCCUGCUUGUUGUUUUGAUCAUCAUCUGGUCAGUUCUUUGAUUCUUGAUUGCUAUAGUACUUUGAUGUUUGUAUAAGAUUUUGAGGCAUUAAGCAUUGUAAAGAUUGUUGAUUUUAUACGUCAUUGAUUCUAGGUGGUUUAGAAGCCUAAAAUCUUUCAUAUUUAUUUGAUUGAUUACAGAGGCAAGGUUUAACUAGUUUCUGAGACAUGAAUUUUUCUGAUCAAACAUCGUUUAUGCCGGUCCAAUCACUUUAUGUUGGAGGCAGUGAUGCUGUUAAUUGCUGGCCUCCUUUCCCUAUGAACAAUGAAGAUCACCAUUCUCAGUUUGAGCAGCAAGCUCCACCCUUUAAAAGACCUCGAAAUUCCGAAGAACCCCAAUCAAAUCCGAUGCCAUACCCGCCUAUGAACAACUCUAGAGUGCACCCACCGAAUGCUCCGGUUAAUAGAGGAGCAAACAACAUUUUUUACAAGACUCGUCUGUGUGCAAAUUUUAAGAAUGGUUCCUGUAGGAAUGGUGAGAAUUGCAACUAUGCACAUGGCAUUGAAGACAUUCGCCAGCCGCCUCCCAAUUGGCAAGAGCUUGUCACAGUGCGCGACGAGGAUAGGCCAUUAACCGGUAAUUGGGAGGAUGAUCAGAAGAUAAUUCACAGGAUGAAGCUGUGCAAGAAGUUUAAUAAUGGCGAGGAGUGUCCUUAUGGAGAUAGGUGUAACUUUCUUCAUGAAGAACCGGCAAAGUUUAGGGAGGAUUCGGGUAGGUAUAGGGAGAACGCAGCAAUCAGCAUUGGGACUACAGGAGCACCAAUGACACAUGUGAGUAGCACUAAUCAUUCCGAGGAUAAUAGGCCUGCGAACACUGGUAUGGAUGCAUUUCGAGUAAACAUGAAGCCAGUUUAUUGGAAGACUAAGAUAUGUAAUAAGUGGGAGCAAACAGGAAAAUGUCCGUUUGGCGAGAAGUGUCACUUUGCUCAUGGGCAAGCAGAGUUACAAGUGCCUGGGGUGCGGGUUGAAGCAGAAGUGAUGACAAGUGCUCCCAUUUCAACGAAGCCACAAACUGUUCCCGCGAAUGAUUCAUCUACAAUUGCAAUGGCAGCAAUUCCUGCUGCUGUAAACGAAGAAGUUCAGGGUAAGAAGUGCGGAUUUAAAUGGAGAGGAUCCAAGAAGAUCAAUCAAAUCAAUCGCAUAUAUGGUGACUGGCUUGAUGAUGUCCCGCUGGUGGAGAGCUAAGUCCGAGAUCAAGGUCUUAUGCUGAAGGGGGCUGCUGCUGCCGAGUUUUGAAAUAUUUGUGGUCCAGGAAGAUUUGUUGUUUUCAAUAUUUGGUCCCUGUUGGUUGUGGAUGAGGUCAAUAGGUUUUAUGUUUCUUAUUCUGGUUCUGGUUCCGGUUCCCUAGUGUGUCAUAGUAUCUUGUUGCAAAACUAGCUAUUGUUUUACAACAUCAAAAAUAAGAGAGUUUCUUGAUUAUGGUAAAUGUGAUUGUACUGUGCCAAAUCAGCAAUAAAAUAUCUAUAUUUCUCA